AUGGGCCAAGUUUCCGAGGCCCGGCUAUGCGCGGUGUUCCCAACAUGGUUUAGUCUCGCCCGCGCUUAUCUAUCCCGAGGCCUUAUCGCGGAAUCGACCUAUCAUCUUCCUUCUUCCCUCUUCCCUCUACAACUACCUACAGUUAAUAAGAAUGCGCGCUAUGCUGGUUAUGAGUGUGAGGUUGAAGAGCACAUUACCACCGCAGACCCCUCGCAUUGCGGUUGCUCACUAAUCCGCACAUUGCUAAACUCCUUCGAACCCCUAUCCAUGUAUCAGCCGCGCUUCGCUGACGGGAGGAUGCUACUGCCCCUUAUCAAAACUUACAUCCGUACCCUGCUCACGGGACUUGAUUAUCUUCACCAAGAAUGCAGGGUAGUCCAUACAGAUCUGAAACGUGAGGACAUCAUGUCCCAGCUUGAAAGGCGAAUGGCGUCCAAGAUCGACUCAACAGAACGACUGGUGUAUCAAUCUUGUAACGACUUCGGCUCACUUAAAAGCCCCAGAAGUGUCGCCCAGCUUGUCGACUUUGGCCUGGCCACCAGACUCGCGGAAGAUGACGACUGGGGUAUCUGGCCAAUUCAGCCGGACCACUACCGGGCGCCGCAGGUGAUCCUGGGUAUUGGAUGGCAAAUGCCAGCGAUAUUUGGAACCUGGUUAUGGGAUCUCGUGGAAGGUAAAGAGCUGUUUCAACGUAUCUACAAACCACACGGCCGCUACGAUGCAAAACGCCAUAUAGCACAAAUGAUAGCCUUACCUGGUCCACCGGCUCUCGAGAUAUUAGGAAGGUAUCAAUCCAUGCGCACGCUAUGCGAGACUGCGGAAGAGUACUUCUGUGGGCCGUUCUUUGACAAUAAUGAAACGGUUUGCUUCCUCAAAGGAGAGGAGAAGGAGGCGUUUCUGGAUCUCGUCAGGAAAAUGCUCCUCUGGAACCAUAAUUACCGAAGACAGGCAGGAGGACUGGCGGGGCUUCCUUUUCUUCAACCGCAGAAUCGAGCCAUCCAUUUGAUUGUUUUAUCAGAGUAAUCAUAAAUUUUCAAAGAAAAAACAGCCAUGAAAAAAGCGGGAAGUGGCCCCAGAAAUACAACAGACAUGGUUGCCGGAUCAAUGCGCGUUGCAUAGCGAGAAUGAUCCCUUUCUUCCACUGCACACGUGCGUGACGCUUUCAGUGGAUUCCUCCUUUGCCUGACUCC